GCGGCGUCUCGUGCACGCCAAGCAAGAUUGGACCUUCGAGUCGGCGCGAUGCCCCGCACUGCAGCUGAAAAGCGCCGACAGCAGGCGCCCGCGGGGCAGUGGUACCUAGCGGCCUCCGAUGAGCUGUGCUGGAGCGAGGAGGAUGCCGCGCGCGAGCGGGGGUGGCUCGCGCGUCUCGGCCCGGAGUCGCCCGGCGGCACGCACGGCUAUCGGCCUCCAGGCAACGAUGAGCUCAACCCGAAGAAGCGGAACAAGGCGCUCAAAGCUCGCAAGCGCCUCGUUGCUAUGCGCGUGCUCCGCGCUGGGCCGGUCGGCGAGGCCAUGGAGGAGGAGGUGGAGGCCGGGCCGGUCGGCGAGGCCAUGGAGGAGCAGGCCGGGCCGGCCGACGACGACGAGGAGGAGGACGAGGGGGGGGAGGCGGACGGGAGUAGCAAGGCGGAGAAAAAGGCGGCGAAGCGCAGUCUCGAUCGUAAAUUCGCCAGCGAGGUCCACUCGCUGCUGACCGGCCCACGCAGCGGCCACGCGCCGCCCGGUCUCAGCGGCGAUCUAGCGCAGGAGCUCGCCGCCGUCUGGAACGGCAGCGCGCUCGACUACCUGUAUGACAUCGAGCGGGCGCCCUCGGAGCCGCGCAACCAGAAGCUGCUGCUCCAGUACAAGAACGGUUGUCUUCCUCCCCCUUUGUUGUGGCGCAAGGACCCGCUCCUUGCGAACCAGCCCGAGGGCCUGCUGCUGCCACAGUCGUGGCCACAGCACUGGUACACGUACCCUCGGCUGGUCAUGCUGCGCACGCGGGCGAGGCGCCUCCUCCUCGCGGCAGACACGGCGGAGCACUCUCCGCUGCUGCAGGCGGCGCGCCAGGACGCCGAGCGCGACGCCGCGGCGAGGCGCCUGGCGGCGGCGCGCUGCGCGACGCCCAGCGUCGCCGCGCUCCGCGGCACUCUCGCUGUCUGCCAGGAGUGCCGCGGCGAGCUCUCCUUCGACGCCGCCGCCGCCGGCCCCGCACCUCCUGUCGAGCUGCGCAGCUUGGACUGCGCGCAAUGCUUGCGCCUCGACAUUGACAGCAUGGUCGCGGCGCGCUGGCCAGACGCGGGCAAGGGGAGGGGGAGGCUUGUCGACCUCGAGCGCGCCCCACGUCUCUUCAACCCCCAGCGCCCCGGCUGACUACUGGCUACUGCGCGCACGCGCGCGCGUACUGAUUCCGCAGUAGUACUGUGGAGACAAUGCACGCCGGGAGGCGGACUACGGGCGGGCAUGUUGCAAUAUAGUACUACGCGCGCUGUUUGGGCGGUGAUUUUUCUCGUACUGUCGCGCACAUAAUCAGCUCUUCAGUGCAGAGCCACAACGCACACCGUCGGAGAGGGCGAGGGGCGAGGCCGAGGGGGGCCGCCCCCGGUGCGGCGUUUGGCGGUGUCGCAUUUUCCGGGGCGCAUGUCAGGCCAACGGAGCCGCAUCGUGCCGACACGCGCGAGCAGCGGCGUCGCUGGCCACCCGCACGCGACCCAAACAUCAGAGGCGACGGUCGGCGCCCGGACAUGAAGACAGCAGGCGGCGGAGCCCUCUGCAGUCUGCUCAAACGCGCACUCGCGCCCCCGGCAGCGGCUGACGGCCGCGCGGCUCUGGAAGAGCGCACGCGUCGGGGCCCAACACGCACGAAGCUGAUCGUCGCGGAGAGCCCGCCCCGCGAGCUUGUCCUGGACACCCAGCCCCUCCUGCAGGCGCGCCAUCCCACGGCAGCAGCGGUCGCCGGCCAAGACAUCGAUCCGUCGGUCGAUCAUCGAGAGGAGCAUGGCGCGCCCCUCAGCAGCUGCCGCGGGCGAACCCGUGCGCGCGGAGAGCGCCCCAGGCAAGCUCGCCCUCGGCGCCCAGCCCCCGUGACAGGCGCGUCGCCCAGUCGCAGCAGCGGUCGCCGGCCAAUAACUCGACUCGUCGAGCGGUACUCGAGGCGGGAAGUGCGCGCCCCUCGGCAGCUGGUGCGUACGGAGCGCAGGCGCGCGAAGAGCGCCCCUCGAAAGCUCACCCGUGGCGCCCAGCCCCUGUAACAGCAGCGUGUUUUUUGCGUCACCUUACGGCGGUGGG